UCAGAGCCACUGCCUGGAUCCAAGCAGCCGCUGCCUGCCCCCCAUCACCCCCACUACCAUGUGCAGCCCCCAGGCCUGUCCUCCAUCCAGCUUCAGCAAGGUCGGAUCCCAGCCCCACUGAUCCCCACCAAUCCCAAGCCCCCACCCCGGUCUGUGUGAGUCCCCCCCUUCCGCACCCCACCAGAGAUGUUUCACGCCUUGGUGGCUGGGAGCAUCGUCUUCCCAGGGCUCUUCCUGCUGGCCAAGAAUAGCCUCAAGCGGCUGCCCUGGCUGCAGUGGGAUGAGGCCGACGCUGUCAUCAUCUCAGCCAGGCUGGUCUCCUCCAUCCAAGCCGUCAUGGCCUCCACAGCCGGAUACAUCAUUUUCAGCUCCUGCCAGCACGUUAUCGAUGACCAGCAUUGGCUGACAAGCGCCUACACGCAGUUCGCGGUGCCCUACUUCAUCUACGACAUCUACGCCAUGUUCCUGUGCCACUGGCACAAGUACCGGGUAAAGGGGCACGAGAGCGCGGGGCCCCGCUCGCUGCGCACCGUCACCCGCACCUUCCUGCACAAGGAGUUCCUCAUGGUGCUGCACCACCUCUGCAUGGUGCUGGUGUGCUUCCCCAUCUCCGUGCUGUGGCGCCAGGGGAAGGGCGAUUUCUUCCUGGGCUGCAUGCUGAUGGCUGAGCUGAGCACCCCCUUCGUCUGCCUGGGCAAGGUGCUCAUCCUGUACAAGCAGCAGCACACCCUGCUGCACAAGGUGAACGGGCUGCUCAUGCUGGUGACCUUCUUCUGCUGCCGCAUCCUGCUCUUCCCCUAUAUGUACUGGGCCUACGGGCGCCACGCCGGGCUGCCCCUGCACCGCGUGCCCCUCGCCCUGCCGCCCGCCUACAACCUGGGCGCCGCCCUGCUUCUGGGCCCCCAGCUCUACUGGUUCGGCCUUAUCUGCCGCGGGGCCUUCCGCCUCUUCCGCCGCGCCCGGCCCAAGGACGCCACCGCCCUGCGCAACGGGCACGGCCCUGGGGGACGGGCGCUGGACUGAGCCCUCCGUGCCAAUGGGCACGGCCCCGGAGGGCGGGCGCUGGACUGAGCCCUCUGUGCCAAUGGGCAUGGCCCCAGAGGGCGGGCGCUGGACUGAGCCCUCCGUGCCAAUGGGCAUGGCCCCGGAGGGCGGGCACUGGACUGAGCCCUCCGUGCCAACGGGCAUGGCCCCAGAGGGCGGGCGCUGGACUGAGCCCUCUGUGCCAACGGGCACGGCCCCAGAGGGCGGGCGCUGGACUGAGCCCUCCGUGCCAAUGGGCAUGGCCCCGGAGGGCGGGCACUGGACUGAGCCCUCCGUGCCAACGGGCACGGCCCCAGGGGGUGGGCGCUGGACUGAGACCCCCGUGCCAUGGGCACCGCCCCAGGGGCAGGCACUGGACUGAGACUCCCGUGCCAUGGGCACUGCCCCGGGGCAGGCACGGGACUGAGACCUCCCAGCCCACCUGCUCUGCACCAAGGGCAUGGCCAGGGGUGGGCUCGCUGGCCUGAGACCCCCCCCCACCUGCUUGGUGCCACGGGCACUGCUCAGAAGGGUGGGCACUGCAUGGGGGCAGAGCCCCAGGCGCUGGCCUGAGCCCGUCCCCCGUGGUGGGCAGAGGGGUGACCUGACACCCGCUGCCAGCAGCUUCGAACUUAUUUAUUUAUUUAUUGGGGGCCUGCCCUGGAAUUCUCUGGGAGCUGCUGCAGGAGGGAGCGGGGCCCCCUCGGGCCCCCCACUUCUCCGGGGACUGCCCAGUAGGGGCUGGGGCGGUCCCUCUGGGCGGUGCUCAGUGGGGCACAGCUCAGACACCCCCUAAUCACGGGGGAUGUGGUGCAAAUUAGGGGGCCGGCUGUGCUGGGAGGUGGGGGCUUGGCCUGGAGAUUGGGGGGAACCCCUGGGCAUCUCAGGGGCCACCCAGGGGAUUGGGGGGGGCGCAGCCAGACUCCACCUGCAGACAGGGUUUGGGUGGACUUGGGGACCCCCCACACUGCCCCCCACUGUAGCAAUAACCAGGCAGUGGGUGGGGAACUGACCCUCCCCAAAGACUGCAGGCUCUGCCCCCCUAGCCCCCCCCAGGGCAGGAUGUAAAUGGGGGGGUUAUAACCCCAGGGCCUGCAAAGGAUUAAAGGAGCCUUCAUCUAAUGCCA